AUGCCGUUUGGCUUGUCCGGAGCUGUAGCAGAGUUUACCCGAUUGAUGCGACAUGUGUUGGGUCCAUUACAUGGGAAAAUUGUACGAAACUAUUUGGACGAUAUGGUCAUCGACGCCGUUGACUGGGACGAUAUGUUGUCCAAACUGAGGUUGGUGUUUGAUCGGUUGAGGAGUGCGUGUCUGACUCUCAAACCAUCAAAGUGUGCCUUCGGUGCCAAGCAGAUUGAAUUUCUAGGAUUUGUCAUUGGCGGUGGUCUGAUACAGCCAGGUGAGUUGAAAACUCGGGCGAUAUCAGACUUCCCUACUCCGGUCGACGUGACGUCCUUAAAACGGUUUUUGGGGCUUACCAGCUUCUUCCGUAGGUUUGUAGAAGGAUAUGCGACCGUAGCAGAACCACUUACGCGUUUGACCAAGAAGAACACGGAUUUCUUGUGGAGCGACAAGCAGGAUAGAGCUUUCCGUGUGCUGAAGGACCGGUUGACAGAGCCGCCAGUUCUAACUAUGUUUGAUCCAAGUGCAGAAAUUACCGAACUGCAUACUGAUGCCAGUUCGUUAGGACUUGGCGCUAUGCUGUUGCAGUCCGAGAAGACUGGCGAUUCGCUGAAGUUAGUUUAUUGUAUAAGUAAGAAAACCAGUGAUUCCGAAUCCAAGUACCAUUCCAGCAAGUUGGAAUUGAUGUGCGUGGUAUGGGCAAUGAGUAAGUUACGUCAAUUCCUCUUGGGGUUGCAAUUUGUGGUUUACACGGACUGCCAGGCUCUUGUGUAUCUGAACUCAUUCAAGGCGACGAACGCGCAAGUAGCCCGCUGGCACGAUGUGUUGCAAGAAUACGAUUUUACAAUCAAAUAUCGACCUGGGAAUCGGAUGUGUCAUGUAGAUGCUUUGUCUAGGGCUCCAGUAAGCCCUACUGGUGAUAAAGAACUUCCCUUCGACGUGGAGUUGGAGGAUAGAUGGGACGUCUGUGUAUUACUGACCAUCGAAGAUAAGGUGCGGAUGUGUCAAGCAGCUGAUCAAGAGGUGUCGAGUAUUAUUCAGAGACUAAAUGCUGAUCCAGUCGACUACAACUUGGUUGACAAAAGUUUUGCUCUGGAGAACGGACUGCUGUACAGACGAGUUAACGGGAAGUUAUUGUUCGUGAUGCCAAGGGCUAUGCGCAAGGGGUUGGUGGUUGCUGCACAUAAUCUGAAAGGGCACCCUGCUGUGGACCGUACGGUUGCUAAUAUAUUGGAGGACUUUUGGUUCGUUAAGAUGCGGAGGUAUGUUGCAUUUCACAUCAAGAUGUGCUUCGAAUGUUUGAUGGUGAAAGGACCAAGAGGCAAACAGCCAGGUCUAUUGCAUCCUAUUGCUGUGGGGAAAAGACCAUUUGACACCGUACACCUUGAUCACGUGGGCCCGUUGGUUACCACUUCAAACGGUUUCAAGUAUGUGCUAACUUUUGUAGACAACUUUACUAAAUAUGUAAAUUUUUACCCUGUAGCUAGUACGAGCGCUGAUGAGACGCUGCAGUGCGUCAAGAAAUUUGUGAACGCUUAUGGAUUACCUCGAAGGUUAAUUUCUGAUAGAGGGACGUGCUUCACUGCUCGAGUAUUCGAAGAAUAUUGUGAUGGUCAAGGGAUCAACCACAUAUUGACCUCCACGCGCCACCCACAGGCAAAUGGACAGGUUGAGCGCACCCAUAGUGUACUUAUGGCUGCGUUAAUGACGUGCGCUGAAGAAGGCAAGGAUUGGGACGAGAUUCUGACUGAGGUACAGAACUCCAUCAACAAUAGCGAAAGUAAAGUCACUACGAGGACACCGUUUGAGAUGCUCCACGGAUAUCGUCCUCGGUUCCACCAAGGUAUUCUGAGAGUAUUGUCAAAAACUGCGGAUAAUUGGGAGCCUCCUGAAGAGGUACGUGAAGCUGUCCGUGAACAACUAGAGAAGAAGAAGGACAAGGACAAGGCCAGGUAUGAUAGGCACAGGCAUGACAACACCCAUUAUACCAAUGGAGAAGUAGUGGUCAUGAAAAGGGUUCCUACGGUUACUGGGGAGUCUACAAAGUUACAGGACCGCUACAGAGGACCGCUAGUUGUCAUUGAAGUGCUACCGGGAGAUGUCUACCGUGUUGCAGAAUUGGAUCAGACAAAAAACAGUAGAUUUGCGACAACGGCACAUGUGUCCCAGUUAAAAUCAUGGCGUAUUUACAAAGAAGAUGAGCAGAUGGAGGAUGAUGGUGAAGAAACGAUUGAAGAGUCUGGUCGUAGUGGAACUGUUGGAAGGAAGGAAGUUGAAGAGACGUCUGACUCAGUCCAAGGGAAGGUUGCCAGGGUGAGAAGACCACCUGUGUGGCAUGAUGACUACAUUGUUUAA